UUUUUAAUUAAAAUAUUUCGAGUCGACACCGUCGUAUCCGCCGUAACAGAUCGUACGUUUUGAAUGUUAUCGAAACGCGAAUGUCGAGUUUUAUUUCGAUCGUGGAUCACGGCUUAAAAAUAACCGAUCGCCAAAAAUAGUAAACGUCGUGCCCCAUGCUCGGACAAAAAAACGAUGUGCCCCGUGCAAUUCGCGAGUCGCAGAACGUCUGAUUUAUUUGAGCAUAUCAGUAUCGAUCCUAUGGGUUCGUAACGAUCGCAACAUGGAUUACAAACGCGCUUGUUCGCAUCGGAAUGUUUAUAAACAAUAUUCGCUGUAGAUUUCAAACGUCGUGAAACCAUGUUUCCGACACUUCGUAGGCUCAUAGACGUAAAUAAAACUUUCAAGUUCAAACGCGAAGUGGUUAAAUGUGUUACGAAAAGUUUUGAAAAAGUUUUUCGAAGCUCACCGCACCGCACUUAUGAAGUUUAACGGCCCAAGGUUAUCGGAUACGAAACCACGGCGGCCUUAGAGAAGUUUCUAAGCUGUGUUCGAGAUGGACUAUGACGGAAGCGAAUAUUCUGUACUGUUCGGUAUCCGUCAGGUACCGUGUGAUGAAUAACUCGAGCAAAAGUUUCUUCAGAUGGAUUAUUUCAGAAAUAUUCUGCUGCUGGAAACAACAGAACGAACUUCCCGAAAACUUGGCGGCCGUGAGCAACGCGGACGUAACGCACUCCAACGCCGCGGACGCGCUGCAACUGCAGCCGUACGCGCUGCGAGACUACGUGAACACACUGGAACCGUACAACCCGGAGGUUCACGGCUGGAGGGACAACACGCCGCCAAUCAUGCGGUCCGUCAAGCACAGCGAACGGGCCACGCAGCUGGUGACGGCCAUCCGCAUGUCCGGGCUGCGGGACAUCGAGAUACUCGGCGUGCCCGACGGCGACAGCUAACGACGGCGUUUGCCGACACCGUCCCGUACGUCCAGACGCCGUCGUGAAUCUUGUACAUACGACAUCGCCGUACCGCCGAAUGUAAUGAUAUUGUUUAUUGAUAAUAAAAAAAUCGUUUUAUCUGUUU